AUGGCAGCGUCUUACCAGCCUGCCGCGGGACCCUCGCGGCCACCAUAUCCCCAGCACUUUGCAGCACCGCCCAGUGCCCAGCCCCGCACAGAUCACAUCGACCAGGGCUCUGCACAAAGGGAUGACUGGACCAUUCAACCCAGCAACUAUGGCCCACCUCCAGUCACACACGACAUGCCCAUGCCCAUGCCUAUGCCCCAGGCCAUGCCGCAGCCUUACAUCCCCGUCGACCGUCAGAGGUCUGUCUCGGAGGACUCCGAGUCCAUCGCCAAGCGCAACCCGCUCAUCGACUUGGUUGAAACCGAAAAGGUGUAUGGCGAGCAGUUGACCCUGGUCAUUCGACGAGUCGCAGCAGCAUGGUCCAGAAAGGACCUUCCGCCCGCAAAGCUGGACGCCAUGUUUCGUUGCGUCGAGGCCGUGUACCGCGCCAACCGCGCGUUUGCAGUGAGGUUGAAGGACAUUGGGAACAACCCCCAGAACCCGAAAGCACUUGGCGACCUGCUCAUGCGAUGGAUCGACGACCUUGAACCGUCAUACGGACGCUACGUUACAAUCUACGUGACCGGAUUCGACUCUUUCCCGCCUGUUACACGCAACACGCUGCUGCCCCAGAUUCUCGACGACGUGUCUGGGACAUGCCCUCCCACCCCACCGCUUGAGCGCUGGUCGUUGGACGCGUUCUUCAUCCUUCCUUACACCCGCCUGAGGUACUACCGGAAGCUCUAUGCGCGUCUCCUCAAGAGCACCACCGAGGGCCGCAGUGACCACCGGCUGCUGCAGACUGCCAACCAGCGUCUCGAAUCGCUGCUUGCAGAGCUCGAGUCUAGGCUCGAGUUUGAUGUGGCAGAGGAUGACUCUUCGGUCCCACCCACGCCGUCUGUCGCCACUUCGGGUCCUCGCGAGCAGAGCUGGCCCAACGAGAAGCCCCGUGCCACCAGCCAGACCAGCUCGGCCCACGACAGCUCGGUGGAGACCCAGUCAGUCCGCGUCGACAGCACGCCCACCUCGGCCACCUCACCCGCCUCCAGCAUCACCACACAGUCGCCUGGACGUGCGCCAAACAUUACCAUCAACACCGGCCCGUCUUCGCCUAUUGCCCCCAUCCAGGACCUGGAGCUGCGGAUUGACACUGAGCGUACCAUUGACCUCUUCAACAUGCAGCCACGCAAAUGCAAAUUGCAGAUGAACCCAGCGUCGCUCAGCUACAGCCGCCAGCUGCGUUCCUCGCACGACGUCACGGUCUACUUUACCCCGUCCUCGACCGGCCAGCAGAUCGUGCAUCGCCGCGCACACAUCUUCAUCCUUACCGACCUCUUCCUCAUCACCGACCGCAUGGAGGCGAGCGAGAAGGCGGCCAAGGCGCAGCAGGUGGCUCGGGAGCAGCCGGGCCGCGUGGGAGAGGGUGGGCCCAUGCCUGAAAUGUGGCUGGACUACCCUCCGCUGGCGGGCAAACACCUCGCCGUGGUAGAGGGCCAGCAGAGCAACGUUCUCGCAGUCACCGUGAUGCGCAAGGAGACGUUUGUCUUCCAUGCCGAGUCGGAGAUUGAGCGCGACACAAUCAUGAAGAAUCUCACCGACACAGUCGAGUUUGCGUCUACUGCGCGGAACCCCGCUCUUGUCACCGGUUGA